CGUAAACCACAGGAGAGAACCCCCCCCCACCUCAGUUUCAGAUCAUUGGGUUUCACUGUGGAGGAGGAUGGUAAAACACUUCAGCUGGAUGAGAUGGAGAGGGGACAAGAAGUUGGACUUAAAAUUAACAGGCCAAACACAGACUGGACCCACAUCAUCUCCUAGAUUCUCCUGCCAUUGACCUCUGACUCCCCUCAGCUACUUGCUAAGGCUCCUGUUGGUCCCUGCCUGUCUGGGUGCGCUGAGCGAUGAAGAUCCCUUUGUGGUGCCUGGUGGUGCUGUUGGCAUGUCUCUUCACGCCUGGAUGCAGCGACUGCCAAGAGGACUGUGUGGCCUGCGGUCUGCUCCUGCAGCAGCGGCAGCAGCAGCUGCAGCAAACCUUCAACACCAUGGUGUGUUUGCUGGAGUGUGAAGGUCAUGUCUCCUCCUCGCUCACAUGGGAGGCGUGUAAACGUGCUGUCAAAGUGUCACACUAUCCUACAUUCCCUGAAGGAGGCACUGUGUUCAAGAGAACAGGAGAGGAGUUGGAGCUGACCUCUCUUGACCUGAACUCUGACAGCGAACUGCUGCAGUCUGCAUCUGUAGACCGCUUCCAUGAGGGGGAUCAGGAUGAGACAUCCUAUGAGCGGCACAGUGUCCAGUAUGACUCAUCACUGCUGGACUCCUCUGAGCAGGGGCAGGGCCUGCAGGGCCUGGAUCUCAGUCUGGCAGAUGAAGAGAGGAAGCUAAGGGAGGAGAGGAAUGUGGAGAGUGACAGCCAGCUGGAAGGGGAUGAGGAUGAUAAUUCAGAGGUUGUCACCUUGUCCAAACGCUUUGGGGGCUUUCAGAGGGGGCGCCAUGGAUACAGGAAGCUCAUUGGCUCACCCAUGAGGCCACUACAAAAGCGCUACGGUGGGUUCAUAGGCGUCCGGAAAUCUGCCCGCAAAUGGAACAGUCAGAAACGGGUGAACCAGCUGCUCAGGCAGUACCUGGGCAUGAGGAGCAGCCGUAGUGGCAGGUUCAACAACAUCCCUGUAACUCGGGUUUGGAGACAAAACAAACUGUAAUGUGUUUCUAUUGCUCUCACAGAAUCCUGCCCCAGUUACCUCAACCAGUCAGUCAUGUUUUCAGCAACUCACUUCAGUCUGAACUGUGACAUCACCAUCAUCAUCAAAGGAACCAGUCCCUCCGUCUCACUGCACCUCUCUUUGUGUCUCUAAGUAACAAGGAAUGUUUUGACUGUGAUGUUCUUCUUAUUAAGCAUAUUUACAUGCCAUUCUGUGAAAUAAAAGAAUUAGAGAAGUGCAAUUCAAUAUAUUUUUGUGUGUUGAUAUAAUAAAAAGGGCCAUUUGAGAUUUGAAAACUGGUUCAAUGCAAGGUUUUUCACUAGAGGUGAAAUCGGAUGAUGUCACAUUUAAACUCUUGUUGAAUGCACUUUCAUGCAUGUGUGGAUGGGACUUACUGCUUCAGCAGUUUUUUUGCACUCUGUAGUUUGAGAGCUCCCAUGAAAUUGACUUAUGUAUAACUGCAUAGGUUUAUGCUUUUAAAAUAAUAAUUUGGGACAAAACAAUUAUAUACAAGUAUUUGUCUUGACCUGGGUCUCCACGGCUAAGCUUCCCAUGUGACUACAGAAACAAAUAGUAGAAUCAAAAUGAAGUGAACCAACCCUGUCCUUUUAAGCUGGUUCGAUCAGAUGUAAACAUGAUCAGAUUGCUGAAGCUCAAACUGUUAAUUACUGGUAUAAGAAUCCAAUUUUCUGCUCAAGGAACUUAAUUAAUUAAACACAGUGGAUGUAAAAUUGGUUUUCUAAACUUUCAAACUCACCAAAACUCUGCAUCACUUCUCCAAAUAAACCUUGUUCCUUUGAACAACUGGCAAAAACAUCUUUUUCUUACUGUAUUCUGAUUUUGGCCAUUAAACGGAGGUUAUCAAUGUAAACCUGGCAAGCGAUGAGUUUCUCUUGAGGAAAUCAACAGCAGGUUGGCAGGCUCCUAUGGGCUUCUUUCAGUGGACCAAUACUGUCCUCUAGUGUUUGAGAAACAAACAUAUUGUCUGACUUAGGAUUCAUUUUCCAUGUCAUCAGCGAUAUUUAAUGUAAUUCUUUGGAUAAACUCCCAUUUUCUGCACUUAGAUUGAAAUUAGACAUUAAUGUAAGAUGACAAAUACACUUACUGAUACUUCCACAUCCUUCAAAGUGAAACAAAAACAUCAGAAGAAAAUCCAAAGAAUAGAGAAAACUAUUUUCCAUAACAUUUGGCAACCAUCUCAGGGACUGUUUGAAAAUUACUGGGUAAGGAGGGGGAUGAACCUUAUGUUUGACUUUUGCAACACCCUCACAAGCAUUAUUAAUAUUUUCUUUGGAUCCUCCACUUGAGAAAAAACUCCAGUGCAAUCCCCAGUAUCUCAAAAAGUAUACAACUGGCAGCCCCACUAGCUAACUGUCAAGUGCAGUUUUAUGUGAUUGGUGGAGCUUGGUACGUAACCCUAAAAUUCAUUUGAAAUAAUGGAAGGUUAAGAUGAAUCAUCAAAAAUAUUUUUAGGAUUUACUGGAAAAAAUAUUAAAAUAAAAUGUUUUUUUGGUCACAUAUUUGGCAUGUAAAAGAAAUAAAUGACUUCUUAGCACAGGGACACAAGAUUAGAGCUAAAAAAAAUACAGUAUUUUUCUAUAUACUGCCAUUAGGCCAUAAAUGUGAACAGAAUAAUGCUGUUCACUCUAACAAUAAUUGGUGGCUAGGAUUCAGCGCUCUCGCCACUGUAGCGAUCACUAGAUUUUUGAACAAAAAGCUUCUUUAAAAAGGUUAAUACUGUCAAUAACUCAUUUAAGUAGGCACAGACAGUGCAUAGAACUGCAAAGCUUAAUAUUUUCCUCCAUACCCAGGUUCCAUCUAUCACAAUUAUAGAAAAAAAACCCAAAUAUACAUCUGCUCUGAAAAAUAACACCCUGUAAAAACUACACCCUGAUAGCCCUCCCCUCUGAUAAUUUUCCUACAGUCCCUAAUUUACCCAGCAAUUAUGGAAAUUUAGAGCAAUAAUUUAAAGUAAUGAUAGAGCUCAGGAGUAAAAGGAAACUAAUCCCCAUUCAGUCCUCAAAUAUUACUCCUCCUGGAGUUUUUUUUUUUUGCAGAGCUGCUCGUGUCACUUCAGUGCAUGAAACUGAAAACCUCCAAGGCCAUAGGAUGUGUAUUGCCCUGUGAGAUGGUAGAGGAGAUCUAAAUGACACCAGUCCCAAAAACCACUGUCUUAAUGAACCAUUUAAGAACAGAGGGAUGGUAUGAACCCUGCAUGUCAACUAUGGUCAUCAUUAUACAGAAAAGGACGUUUCUUCUUGGGUGAAAAGCACAGUCGUUCUUUUGCAUCUUAAUAGUGUUGAAGUGUUUACUAGUGUUUGAUUAAGAGCUGUAACGUCUGCAUAAGUGAGUGGGUGGUUGCACAGGGUGUGUAUGACUGUGCACGUGCAUGUGUGUGUGUGCAUUUUUCCUUUAAAGUGUCAAAAACACACAAAAAAUUUAUUUGUGAAUAAAAUGUACAUUGCUAACAUUAUACCAUUACACUAC